CUCCACUUUAGGACAUCUAGCCUUAUCUAUGUGAAAACUAUGAGAGCACCUUGAACACAGCAACUUUUCGCACUUUCUUUUUUUGUCCGUGUUUAAAAUGUUUGCGUGCUUGCUCUUGCUCCGUCCCGAAAGGACGCUCAAGCAUGUGAUGCGUUCACGUGUCAGUUCGUGGACGAACAACAGACGCUCAAAGCACACCCGCGCCGUCCGAAUCGGCUGCGCCUCGGGGUUCUGGGGGGACACAGCCACUUCAGUGCCUCAGCUGAUCCAUGGCGGAAAACUCGACUUUUUGGUGUUCGAUUACCUGAGCGAAAUCACCAUGUCGCUCCUCACCGCAGCCAAGACCAAAGCACCGAAUCUGGGUUACGCGCCAGACUUUGUGCAGGCAGCCUUAGCGCCGUCCAUCCACGACAUCCACAAGAAAGGUGUGCGCGUGGUCAGCAACGCCGGCGGCGUCAACCCGCUAGCCUGCGCCGCCGCCAUCCGGGAGGUGGUCCAGAAGGCCGGUCUGGAUCUGAAGGUCGCCGUUGUGACGGGCGACGACCUCAUGGCUCAAAGAAGCCGCCUCACCGAAGUCAAGACAGCAGACGGCGCCCGCGCCUUACCUAGGACGCUGCAUAGCAUGAACGCCUAUCUAGGGGCGGGACCUAUCCGCCGAUGUCUGGACCUCGGCGCCGACAUCGUGGUAACGGGCCGGUGCGUGGAUAGCGCCCUUGCUCUUGGGCCACUCACUCAUGCGUUUGGAUGGGGUGAAGAUGACUUGGACUUGCUAGCUGCUGGAAGUCUGGCUGGACAUCUCAUUGAAUGUGGCGCCCAGAGCACCGGCGGGAUCUUUACCGACUGGCAUCUGGUCCCCAACUGGGACAACAUCGGUUUCCCGGUGGUUGAAUGCUGCUCAGAUGGUUCCUUCGUCCUCUCCAAACCGCCAAAAACCGGCGGCCUGGUGUCGUUCGGCACGGCGGCCGAGCAACUGGUGUAUGAGAUUGGGGACCCGCGGAGAUACGUGCUACCAGACGUCAUCUGUGACUUCAGCCACGUGCUCAUCCAGGAAGUGCCCGGUGUCGAAGGUGGCGCCGUCCGAGUGAGUGGUGCCAAAGGUUUGGCACCGCCGCGUGACUAUAAGGUGUGUGCCACAUACAUGGACGGAUUUCGCGCCACCGCCGUGUGUCCGCUCGGCGGGCCCAGAGCGGCGGAAAAGGCCCGGAGGACUGCCGAGAGCAUCAUUAAAAGGACGAGGCGGAUAUUUAAGCAUUUGCAUCUUGAGGAUUUUACGGACAUAAACAUCCAAGUUCUGGGAGCGGAGGACACGUACGGUGCUCAUGGCGCCAACAAAGACGCCAGGGAGGCGGUUCUGUGGUUGGCCGUCUGCCACAAAGACAAGAAGGCAUUGGAAGUCUUCUCCAGGGAGAUCGCCCCCGCUGGGACCGGCAUGGCUCCCGGACUGUGUGGCAUUGUGGGCGGCCGUCCCCGAGUGUCUCCCAUCCUGAAACCGCUCUUCUUCUACCAGCCCAAGUCUCAACUUCAGAUCCACAUUCACUUGGACGGACAUUUAGUGGAGUCUUUUUCGGAGGCGGAGCCUGAAUCACCCGAAGAGGAAGCCACACCUACGUGGGACGGGGAAGAGGUCGAUGCAGAACUUCCCACUGGGCCGCAUUGCUACAGACUGGAAGAAUUAGCGUACGCUAGGAGUGGCGACAAAGGGGACUCCGCCAACAUCGGCGUGAUCGCUCGCGACGCCCGCAUCUUCCCCUACCUGAAGAAACACCUUACUUCCUCGGCGGUGGAGGACUACUUGGUCCACAUCUUCCCGUCGGGCCUGCGCGGCGCAGUCACGCGAUACACUUUGCCGGGGAUCAACGGUCUCAAUUUUGUUCUGAAGAAUUCCCUCGGAGGGGGAGGGGUGGCGUCCCUGCGCAGUGACCCCCAGGGAAAAGCCUUGGCUCAGAUGUUGCUGGAUUUGGAACUCCGCGGACUUCCCGACUUGGCGCCCCUGCUCGGUUGACUGGCACGGUUGGAACCGUCGGGUCCAAUCACGUGACCGGAGCGCCGACCUCUCACCUCGGUCUUUGGAAUGUCAUUUCCUCCUUAAUUGCAAACAGACCCUGCGUCGUUACGGCAACUCUUGAAUUCCGCGUUGAACGGCGUCCCGUCGCCGAUUGGACGGGUCUUCAUUAAAUAGAAGCAAAAGGUGUCGACACGCGUCUGGGAGCUUUGUCUUUUACGACCUUUAACCCCUCUGAUGUGGUGUGCGUCGGCUCCGCGCCGAGUGUGGUGGCGACUGCCACCUCUGUGAAGUUAAGCCCCCCCAUCAGAACACGGAUUUAUAUAAAAAUGAUGUCAAUUGUUUGUGCUACAUUUGUGCCUGUUUGUACUGUAAAAAGUUUGUGCUGCGAUUAUUUUUGAUAUAUUUACAAUUGUUUUGUCAAUAUCGGGUCAACCAGCCCACCAUUGAAAACAACACUAGGUAACUUUUCAACCUUAAUGAAAUACUUUCAUAACACUUGUGAUUAGUGCUGCAACAUUUAAUCGAUUAACUCGAGUAUUCGAUUAGAAAAAAAAAAGAUUCAAAUUCAAUAUUGCUGCUUCGAGUAUUCGUUUAAUUAAAGUGGCGCUGUAAUGGUUUGUUUGAAA